AUGGAAUAUUUUGAAAAAUAAGGGAAAUAAGAAAAAUAACAAUAAGAUCAAUGCGAGUUAUACUAAUAAAUAGAUUAAUAGCACUCAGAGGAAUAAUAAGAAUAAGAUUAAAGAGGAUAAUAAUAAUAAGCGCAAUAAGAGGUAGAAGAGGUAUAAGAAGUAUAAGAAGUAGAAGAAUAAAAAGAUUAAUAAAAACAAUAUGAGUAAUAAUAAGAUUAGAAAAAGCAAGAAUAAUAAUCUGAUUUGUUGUAAGAUAUUAAGGAUGGAAUCGGCGUAGGGGGAAUUGUAGGUGGAGCUGGUGCUGCUAUAGCUCAGGGAGGGUUGGCACUUUAUGGUUUUUCUUCCAUUGGACCAGUUGCAGGAAGCCUUGCUGCAGCUACAUAAGCCAGUAUCGGAAGUGUGGCAGCUGGAAGUGCAUUUGCUUUAGCUUAAGGAGUAGCAAUGUCAGGAGUAGCAGCAAUUGCAAUACCGGCUAUUGGAAUGGGUGCAAUAAUAGGAGGUGGAUUAACCCUUAUUAAGAAAAUAUUUUGGUGA